AUGACAAGCUCAGUCUCAUCAUCAUCACUGACUUAUGUAGUGGACACUACAGGGUCAAUGCUCACUUACAUCCAGCAAUUAAAAUUGGUGAACAAUUGGCUUGUUGAUUACAUAACGGCACAUUUCCCAUGCGGAGAACGGCAGUAUACAAUGGUGGAGUUUAAUGAUCCAACAAUUGGCCCAGCAAGGAUCACAAGUUCAAAAGAAGAGUUUAAGACGUUCUUCAGUAGCCUCACUGCCUCUGGUGGAGGAGACUGCCCAGAAUUAGCGAUGAGUGGGCUCAAAUUGGCUUUAGAGAUCUCCCCACCCAAAUCUUUCAUUCUAGUGUUCACUGAUGCAUCUGCUAAAGAUUACACGAAUAGUACCCUCUUGAACAACAUUUAUUCACUUAUAGAUACCAAACAAUCACGGGUUGUCUUUUUGACCACAGGGCUUUGCUCGAGUUUAACUGAUCCAGGGUUCACUAUAUACAAAUAUAUUGCUUCUCUGAGUUAUGGGCAUGUCUUUCAAAUUGCCCCCUCAGAUUUGUCCAAGGUAUUUACUUAUCUAGACUUCACCCUAUCAAGACCUGUUGACAGCUUAGUGAAACUCUUGUACAAAGUCAAUGAUGGCACAAAUCAUUGUGAUAACAUUACAGUAACAGCUGACUUCACUUCCUUACUGGUGAUGAUUGAUGGCAAAAUCACAUCAACAACUGUUUUCAGACCUGACCACAAUGUCUUAAUUCCAGAUGAAAUUGUGUUUGAAAACUGGGGUUCACUGUAUCAGAUUGAAAAUCCUGCCAAAGGAGUAUGGACCAUAUGCGUCAAUUCAAGUAGCCCCCAUGUUGUUCAAGUGGAUGGAUUAACAGUUACCAACACAUCAGUAACGAAAUACUGCUCAGACUGUCACACCAAUGCUAUAUGUCAACCGUAUCAUGACCUUUACCAAUGUAUCUGUAAGGAUGGAUUCAUUGGAGAUGGUUUCUCAUGCUCAGAUGUUGAUGAAUGUGCCUAUUCCUGGUUGAACAACUGUACUUCUGCUGCUCACUGUGAAAAUACAUGUGGCUCCUACAAUUGCAGGUGUCCUGUUGGCUACACAAGAGGAGCGGGAAACACUUGUGUUGACAUUGAUGAGUGUUCUAGACCAGACCUGAACAAGUGCCAUCCUUUAGCAAAGUGCAUUAAUACUAAUGGAUCUUAUAUAUGUCAGUGUCCACCUGGAGUCACUGGUAAUGGAUUUUACUGUGAAACUGAUCCAUGUUCCAGAGGUGUGUGCAGGAGUGAUACAGAGUGCAUUCCAAAUGGCAUCUACUACUAUUGCUCAGAUCCAUGUGUCAGUCACACUGUUCUUGACGAUUGCUGGAGAAGCAGUUCCAAUGCACAAUAUGUGGACACCAAAUGUGACAAUGACAAAGUGGGCUGGUAUCGUUUCACUGGAAGUGGAGGAAUACGCAUGCCCGAAUUCUGUGUUCCAAAAGAUAGAUGUAACACUGUUGCACCUAUGUGGUUAAAUGGAUCACAUCCCAUUGAGACAGAUGGUAUUGUCAGUCGCACUGUAUGUGCCCAUGGGCAGUAUGAUUGUUGCCAGUGGUCAUCAACUGUCCAGAUUAAGGCUUGUCCUGGUGGAUACCAUGUCUAUAAACUGAAUAGAACACCGACCUGCUCCAUGGCAUACUGCACAGAUCCUCGAUCAAUUAAUAAUGACUGCUUGUGUGCUUCUGAUGAGGAAUGCAGAACUGUGUCUGGAAAGUGUGGGUGCUACUGCAAGGAUAAUGUGAGUGUAUCUGCUCUUAAAGACUUAACACCAAGCGUGAGCUGUGGAUUGCAAAACAUGAAAACAUCUUUCCGCAAAUGUGAGAUGAGGGCUCUGAACAUUGAUUACCUCGAUAUAAUUCUUGACGACGGCUCCUGCUUUUCUGUCCUGGAUGAUAAUGUUACUAACACAUUCUCAGUUAUGUCCCCUCUGCAAGAAGGAAGCUGUGGGAUGACAUUUUCUACAAAUGGAACCCACGCCUUUUAUAGAGAGAGUUAUGACUUCUUCUUUGUACUCCCUGGUAAAAUUAUUAGAGAUAAGCUGACAACAACUUCAACUUGUAUUUUCCAACUUGAUAUGGAACUAAGUCUUCAAACUGCCCUGAAUCCCAUUAUCAGCAAUACAAUCAUUAAUAUAUCCAGACCUGGACAGUUUAGUGCUCGCAUGGCAGUUUACAACAGCAGCGACUAUAAAUAUCCAUACAAUGGAUCACAAAUUGAUCUGCUAACCCACACAAAGAUUUACAUUGGAGUAUUCCUUGUUGGUCCAGAUCCAUCUCAGUAUGCCAUGGUACUGAAAAACUGCUAUGCUACUCCGUCUAGCAGUAAGGAUGAUCCUACUAGAUAUUAUAUCAUCCAAAACAGGUGCCCUAACCCGGUUGAUCCAACUAUAAGUGUAGCACAAAAUGGCGUAUCUAGCCAAGCACAAUUCUCUUUUGAAAUGUUUUCAAUGGGCAAGAAUCCAAAUCAAGUCUAUCUGCACUGUGAGAUCUAUGCGUGUGUCCGCAAUACCAACGUUUGUGAACCUGUGAGUACAAACAACUGUGAAAAUUCUGAAGGGAAUGGAUGA